UUCAAAAUAAUUAAUAAUAAUAAUAAUAAUUCAAUGGCCUUCUCUUCAGUCUUCUCUCUAUUCCCUUACCCCACUCCACUUACCCUUCACGUCAACGAACUGUACCGUUAUUUUCACAGUACCAAAAAGCCCCUUCCACACACACUCUCUCUCUCUCUCUCUCUCUACAUAUCACAUCCUAUCCUUCCACACACUCUCUCUCUAACCCCCCAAAGGUUUCUUUCUUCCACCCCUUUUCCUUCCUUCACAGCUCGAAACGUUGCUUUCCCUUCACUUCAAUUGGGCUCACUUCAUCUUCCUCCCAAUCUCCUUCACAGCCACAGAAGAUAACUCGUAACUCCGUCGCCGGCGAACACCGGCCGGCGUCCGUAAGCUGUUUAACGAGGAGAGCUAGCUGGUGCUGUUUUUGCCUUAACCUGAAUUGCUAGUUGAACGUGGAGCGGAGUGGGAGGGAUUUUUUUUCUCUCUCUCCACAGUAGAGUUGACUAAUUGGAUUAAUGGAGCCGCAAUCAGGACCCGGAGCUAGAUCCAGCCCCACCGCCGACGAGACGGCUCUCGAUUCCGUCCAGUUCGGCGAGGAUAUCCGGCACCUAAUCUCCGUGCCGACCGAGAACGCCAGCUCCUUCACCGCGCUUCUCGAAUUGCCGCCCAAUCAGGCCGUGGAGCUGCUCCACUCCCCUGAGUCAACCCGGCCCGAUUCUUCCCAGCAGCAGCAGUACCAACCGCCGCAGCACUUCAAUGCCGGCUUGCUCACCUUCCCGACCAACGCCGCCUUGAUUGAGCGCGCCGCCAAGUUCUCCGUCUUCGCUGCGGAGGAGGAUUUGAACAACAACAACAACGGUAUUGCCUCGCCGGAGACCAACUCGGCGCCGUCGAAUUCCAGUGCGGGUCUCGUCGUCAAGACCGAGCCGGCGGAGCCCGUGGCUUACCUUAAUUCGUCGUCGGUGGCCUCCGACCCGACGGUGGCAACCAAGGACGAGAAUCAGAGGCCGAACAACAAGAGGAAGGAGAGGGAGAAGAAGGGAAAAGGUUCCUCGAAGAAGAGCAAAAGCGCUGCAAACGAGAAUUCCGAGCAGCUGCCGUACGUUCACGUCCGAGCUCGCCGUGGUCAAGCUACCGAUAGCCACAGCUUGGCAGAGAGAGCGAGGAGAGAGAAGAUUAACGCAAGGAUGAAGCUGCUACAAGAACUGGUCCCCGGCUGCAACAAGGUACCACUACUAGUACCACUCAUUACUGAAUUUUUUGUGUCGCAAGCACAUCAUCGUAAUAAUGAAUAAUCAUUUGGGAAGAAGGAUAUUGAAUGUGAUUAGUCAAUCAUUUGGGUUUGGAUUAGGGACUUGAUUAAAGAAGUGUAGUUUGAUUUGGUUGCCCUCACCUUUUAGCCCCAAAAAGUUGUGGGUCUUUGCUUUUCUACCAAGAAAAGUUGUGGGGAGCAAUGAUGGUGGUGGGCUGCCUCGUCAUUUCUCCAUCUCGUCACUGUGGUUCCCUUCUCUCCAAGACAGGUGUUUCAGAAGCCAGAGGUUCCUUUCCAGGGGUAGUUUUGUCAUUUGUUAUCCAUUGAUCAGAAGAAGCCAGUGUCUUAGCAAAGCGUUUAAAAAAAAUCCAGGAAGACAGUAGGCCCUUGUGUUCGUGAUACAGUGAUGAGCCACUGGGAUUGCACUGCAGAUUUUGUCUCCCAUUAUUAUAGUUGAAUGUCUAGGAGUCUUAGAAGAGAAUUGUUUAUUUUUGAAGAAAAAAGGAUGCUAGCUGGAUAUGGCUCAGCGAAGGACUAAUAUUCUGGUUGUGGUGGUGGAUCAAAUGUUUGGUCCCAUCAUCCAGCAGACGGUGAGAAUUGUGUUCCUUCUAGGAAAGGUGCACCGUACCAGCUUUCUUUUGCAAGUUCGGCACCUGUCUCUGAGAUUUUUAACAUACUAGAAAAUGAAAGGGAAAGAAAAGAUGGAGACUUUUCUUUGUGAUAAAUUCAUAUGCCAAAAGUUCUGGACCCAAUCGGCCAGGACCAUGGUGUGAUGGUUGAUGAGAAAAUUCAUUUUAUUUCUCUCAUUAAUGGUACAUAGAGAGAUAUUAGUUACAUAGAUAAUGGUGAAUUACACCAUCCGGAAAGUUAAAUUUCCUCUCUUUUUUACACCCUCUUUUAUGUCUUCUUGUUAAGCAUUGUUCAGUUCUUGACUGUCCAAAAUUAUGUGUUAUGGUAAUGGCAUUCUGAGCUUCCUGAGCAUGGUUCGUUGUAUGAUAGAUGGGGUUCACUGGUUUAUUAAUGUGUCAUUGAUGGGUUGAAAUUUGCCGCAGCGAUCAAGCUGUCUUGGGGGAUGUUAAAAUACAUGUCAUAUGUCAUAUAUGAUAGCUAUGGAUUGAUUUUCUCAUUGAUGCUUUAUGAGCUCCCUGAAAAUUGUUUUGCAAUAUACUCUCAUAUUUCAAGAACUUUGUGAAUCUGGAACUAAGUGUACGAAGCUGUUCUUUAUGCAGAUCUCUGGUACAGCACUCGUACUAGAUGAAAUCAUCAACCAUGUCCAGUCUUUGCAACGGCAAGUGGAGGUCUUGUCCAUGAAACUUGCUGCGGUUAACCCAAGAAUAGAUUUCAAUCUGGACAAUAUGUUGGCUGCAGAAAGUGGAUCUCUAAUGGAUAGCAACUUCCCAGCUGUGAUGAUGCCGAUAAUGUGGCCAGAAGUGCAACCAAAUGGGAGCAGGCAACAAUAUCACCAGCAGCAAUGGAACUUCGAUGUGGUUCCCCAGCCUGCAGGAGGUGGUUGGGGAAGAGAAGAUGGCCAUAACUUCAUCACCCCGGAGAACUCUCUCUUGAGUUACGUCUCCUCGGCAAAUUCAGGUUUGCGACUUUUACGAGUACACAACAAAUCCCCAAUGCAUCAAAGGGUCCUUCUUAGUUACACUGUCUUCUUCUUUUACUUGGGUUGCAGCAUCUCUAAACUCGAGUCAAUUGAAAAUGGAGCUAUGAAGCAGCAGUUAUAUAGGUGUAAAUAUGAAGCAGUAUUAGCAGUUAGCAGGGCAGGGAAAGUGAUUAGAGGAAGGCCUCUCUCAACUAUUCGAGGGUGGGGUUUCUGUCAUUCAUCUCUGGGGGCCGACCCCCAAGAUUUCUCUCUUUCUCUCAAUUGGAGGGUGAGAAAUUGGCUUGGUGGUAGUAAAGCUAUUUGCCACCACAUGUUGAUGAUGAUUGAUGAUAAUGUUUAGUUGUCUGUCAUAUAUAAUAUAGAUGCAUUAUUGGAGGAUUAUACAGCAGUCCCCAACUUGAAGAAGUCAUUCGAUCAAUUAUAGUAGGAUCGCUUUAUUUGAUUUGCGUAUAUAGAUAAGAAAUGUAUUGUAGAAAUAUGAUGGAUAAUACUGUACUCUCUUUCCCUUGAAUUUAAGAUGGAAAUUCAGUAAUUUU